AUGGGUAAAGUUCACGGAUCCCUCGCUCGUGCGGGCAAAGUCAAGUCCCAGACCCCUAAGGUCGAGCCUCAAGAGAAGAAGAAGACCCCGAAGGGUCGCGCCAAGAAGCGUCUGCAAUACACCAGACGAUUUGUUAACGUCACGAUGACCGGUGGAAAGCGAAAGAUGAACCCCAACCCUACGUCAUAA